UGGUUUUAUUUCGUUUUUAUUUUCAUUUGCCUAUCUGUGUUUUAUGACACCGAUCACAGUUCCAAGUUUAAUGGUCUGAAACAAAAUCAUAAUGUUCAUUCGGCACGAAUAAUUAUAAAGAAAAGGAUACGUUGGCCAGUCUUAUUUUAACUGUGAAGAGAAGAGCAUUUAGCUAUGGGCAAGUGCAUGAACCGUAGCGGAUGGGUAUAUCAGUGGUGGGUGCAAACUCUGGCUUUGUACCUGGUGGCAGCAGGAGGCCUAGAGCCCUGUACAAAGAGGAUGACUCCCGCUCGUGCCGAGCAGAUGGACAGCAAGGGCUUGCGAUGCUGGGACAAUGUUAAGGUCCCAUCUUGUGGCGGUCGGUGUGACUCCAGGGAAGUUUCAGACUGGGAAUUUCCGUUCAAGAUAUCUCAUCACCCGGUAUGCGUGUACGGCUCGCGCCGCAAAAUGCUGGUCCACCUGCGCCACUGCGACCCGGGAGUGGAGCCUGAUACGGACAAAUUCACUUUUUUUGCUGCUGAAGAUUGCCGUUGUCAGAUAUGUUCUUCGCAACAUACCAGCUGCGAGUGGCUGCCACCGAAUGCUACUAUAUUGCAAGGAAUCCACCACGGAGAAGCCAUUUAACUUGCGGAAUCAUUAUUUAGAAGAAAUAUUACAUUCAUUCAUAAAACAUAAUAUGUUAUACAUACAUACUUUCUUAAAUAACUUGAGGCUGGGGAUUCUCGAAAGCGAAAAAUAAAUAGUUAUAAUUAUUUUCGAUAUUAUUAUAUGAAUUUGAUAAUUAUUAUUAGAAUUUGAAUAUAAAAAAACCACAAAUGUUACAAAUUUCCUCUAAAAAAUGACUCGAUUUAUGAUACGAAUGUGAACUUUUUUCGACAACAUGAAAAUCCCCAGUAAAAGUAGGUGGGCCAUAUUUUGUACAAGUCCAUUAGAGCUUACAAUUUGAACAUUAUCGCGAUCAAGAUAACGCCAAUCAGAGCUAAAAGGUCACUGUAGAUCAUUAUUUCUUGCUGACCAAUAAACAGACUUAUAAAAAUUGAAAACGUUAAAAAUUGUGAGUUUGUAUGUUUCGUGGAACAACUGGAUCAAUUUUGACGAUACGGAGUGAACGGUUAGAAUAAAACGAAUAAAACCUGGAUAAACUGCAUACUUUUAAUCUCGCAAUUUCAUCGGGAGCGGCACCCUGAGGCCAAAUUCCAAUGAUUAUUGUGUGAGUCCUUAUCACUACAUAGUAUAAAACAAAGUUGUCCUCCACGACUGUCUGUUUCUAAAUUUUCUUCAUAUAAACCACGUAACGGAUUUUUAUGCAGUAUUCGCUGUUAUUUCGACAACUUAUACCCAAAGGUUUAUAGUCCUCAUACGAAGCCAGGUCGGGUUGCCAUUUCAACCAUUGUCUUUUAAGUGCCUGCCUACUGUAUAUAAUAACUACUUAUAAUGCCAACUAAAAC